AAACUUUAGUAAGGUCUCAUGUUUGGGUGUGUCAAUCGUGACGUUUUGAUUUGUUUUCCUUUUUCCCGUGGUUUGGUUUGUUUUGUGUGUUUGUAGUUCUUGCAUAUUUUCCUUGUAUUGUGUGUCCUUUUAUCCCACACAAUGUGGCCAAGGAUUGUGGCCACUGUGGGUCUCCUAGCUGUGGCAUCGGCCCAGCUGCGAGACUUUCGAAAAUUCCAAGAUCGUCCGGUGAAUGUGAGUCAAUCCGGAUGGUUUGAGACGCGCCCCGCCCUUAACUUUGGCAAUCAACUUGAUGGACUAAAACCCGAGGAUCUCUGUCCACAGCAUUGGAUUGCAUUUCGUUCUUCGUGCAUGCGUUUUAUUGGGAGCCCCAAACGGUCAUGGCAUGAUGCAAAGAAAAUAUGUCAGGCCUAUGGGGCUGAUUUAGUGCACGUGGAUAGUCUUGAGAAGCACAGCUUUAUUCUUCACUAUCUCAUUAGGCAUGAUCAGAGGCAGAACAGAUAUUUCAUAUCAGCACGCCAAACAAGUCCAUCGACGUGGGUAAAUGAUGAUAAUACAGCAUUUGUGGCACCUGAAGAAGGACUAUCGCUUGACGAAAAGGACCUACGUACACGUGAGGAGUUGGAAGCAAGUGGGAGCCUGGGACAUUUGAGCUAUGCACAAAUAGAGCGACUUCUAACACCACGUGACCCAUUGGCACCCCUUCAUCAAAUCCCCCGCGAUAGGCUUGUUUAUGGCUUUUCACCAUCGCACGAUCGUUGGCUCUUCAUUCCGUCGUAUGAUUUUGAGCAAAAUCUCUUCAUUUGCGAAUCACGUGAACUCUUUGGGACACGCAAUGCCAACACCCUCGCCGAGGAUAGACGUACCAUUGAGUACGGAGUGCAGGUUGUGGAUGAAGAAAGACUCCCACAGGGUCCCAAGUUUGUCCUGCAACCACGUGACACGACAUUCGAUACGGGCAAACGUAAAAUUGCUAAUUGGGUGCAACUUGAAUGUUUGGCUGAAGGAUAUCCCGCACCAACGUACACAUGGUUCAAGGAAGUUUAUGAGAGUGAUCGAUUAGCAUUUAAGCAUGUUAGUGCACUCUCAGAUCGUCGCAUCACAACAGCUGGUGGGAAUCUUGUGAUAACAGAACCAGAGCAGCAUAUGGAUCAGGGAACAUAUCAUUGUGUAGCUGAAAAUAAAUUCGGACGUAUCUUAUCGGAUAGUGUGCAACUCAACUUUGGCUACAUUAUGGAAUUCAACCUAAAACGUAGCCCUGAGAGUGGUGACAUGAAUUGGGGCAAAUCCCUCUUUUGUGAUCCACCGCAACACUAUCCGGGGGUUAAGUACUACUGGUCACGGGAUUUCUUCCCAAAUUUCGUUGAAGAGGACGAAAGGCGAUUCGUCAGCUACGAUGGUGCCUUGUAUUUUUCAGCUCUUGAAACUAUUGAUCGUGCUGACUACUCGUGCACCGUACAGAGUUUAGUUAGUGACACCGGACGCAAUGGACCAUUCUUUCCGCUAAGGGUUAAACCACAUCCUAACUACCAGGAGCUCCUUUUUGCAAAUACAUUCCCCAAGGUAUUCCCAGAGGCUCCAAUAGCCGGACAAGAAGUACGCCUAGAGUGCAUGGCAUUUGGUUAUCCUGUGCCAUCAUUCAAUUGGACACGCCGCGAUGGGAAUCUCCCGCGACAUGCCUACCUUUUGAGUUACAAUCGUGUUAUGAUUAUACCAAAUGCUACUAUAAAUGAUAGUGGAGAGUACACAUGUACAGUGGCAAAUGAUCGAAAGAGCACAUCAAAAAGUAUUCGUAUUAGCAUACAAAUGGCACCCAAUUUUACCAUUCCCCUCGUUGAUAAAAUUCGCGAUCUCAACACUGAUGUAUCCUUCGUGUGCGAAGCAUCCGCCAUUCCCGAUGCAAAUUACACAUGGUACAAAAAUGCCGAAUUACUCGAACAAGCACUACUGCCGCGUGAUAAAUUUAUAAUACAGGAUAAUGUGUUAACAAUAAAAUUCCUUGAUCCGAAUAAAGAUGAUGGGAUGUACCAAUGUCGGGCACAAAAUCAAAUAAAGGCCGUGUACUCCUCAGCACAGUUGAGGGUGUUAUCGUUGAAGCCAACAUUCAAGAAGCGCCCACUUGAAGCUGAAAUUUAUGCCAUAGCUUCGGGGAAUACGACAAUUACGUGCGAACCCGAAGCAGCUCCGCAGCCAACAUUUCAGUGGAAGAAGGAUGGUAUUGUGAUUGGGAGUGGUGGGCAUCGACGUAUCUUGGCUACGGGGGCGCUUGUUAUAUCACCCACAUCGCGCGAUGAUGAAGGUGUCUACACGUGUACAGCAACUAAUUCCUAUGGAACAGCUGAAAGUCAUGCGAGAUUGAUUGUACUACAGGAAUUGAGAUUCCGCACACCUCUACCAACGCGACAAGUUCUCCAAGCAGGUGAACUCCUUUUCUUACACUGUGACGUUGACCAUGAUGCCCUAUUGGAUGUAACAUUUUCAUGGCGUCGCAAUGGAGCUCUCCUACCGGAGGAUCCAAAUGAUCGAAGAAUUCUUGUAAAUAGAAAUAGUUUGGAAGUCCAUAAUGCAAGUCUCUUGGAUUCCGGAGAGUAUGAAUGUCUUGCCAUGGCAGCCUUGCAUCGUGUCUCAUCACGUGCUGAAAUAACCGUUCAAGGACCACCUGGUGCUCCGGGUGGUGUAAAAGUGAUUGACAUCAAAAAGACAUCUGCAGUUCUGGAAUGGAUCGAUGGCCCUGACAAUGGACGUCCAGUGAUCUUCUACAGUGUCUGGGCACGAACAACGUGGAAUCGUACGUGGAUCCCGGUAUCUGAGGGUGUUCAAGCACGUGAAUUUGAUCGGUAUACAGGUAGAAAACGUGCCGAAGUAGUUGGACUCACCCCAUGGUCAGGAUAUGAAUUUCAAGUACGUGCAGUGAAUGAUGUUGGCAUGGGACCACCAUCACCACCCUCACCCCUUUAUAGUACACUCAAUGACAUUCCCUAUGAGGCACCGAGUAAAGUGGGGGGUGGUGGUGGGAAAAUUGGUGAUUUGGUCAUCACGUGGAAACCCCUGCCGCCGGAGAAGCAAAACAGCAAUGGAAUUUACUACAAAGUCUCGUGGCGAUUGCAUGGGAAAGGUGGUGCUACGGAGUGGGCAACAAAGAUUAUUGGUGCAACUGAAGCUGGGAGAGCAGUAGUACCCGUACCAUUGGACAACUACUACACGCAAUACGAUGUGAAGGUGCAGGCAUUCAAUGAUCAAGGUGCCGGACCCGAAAGUUCCGUUGAGACAAUUUACUCAGCUGAGGAUAUGCCACAAGUGGCACCACAGCGUACCUAUGCACGUGGUUACAAUUCAACAGCACUCAACAUUACAUGGGCACCUGUGGAGUUGACACGCGAAAAGAUUCGUGGUAGACUAAUUGGGCAUAGGCUCAAGUAUUGGAAGAGCAAUCAUGCCGAGGAGAAUGCUGUUUACUAUCUAUCACGCACAACACGCCCGUGGGCCCUUAUUGUGGGUCUUGAACCUGAUACCUACUACUACACAAAGGUUAUGGUGUACAAUGCAGCUGGAGAGGGUCCCGAAAGUGAAAGAUAUCUCGAACGAACGUACAGAAAAGCACCGCAGAAACCACCAUCAAGUGUUUCUUUUACUGCCGUCAAUCCAUCAACGGUGCGUGUUACGUGGAGAUAUGUAACACCAAGUCAAGAGGAAGAACCCAUUGAGGGCUACAAAGUGCGCGUAUGGGAAUCAGAUCAGGAUAUGUCAACUGCCAAUGAUACCAUUAUACCCAUUGGGCGAAAACUUGAGGCAUACAUUGAUAGUUUAGCACCCGGAAAGGCAUACAAGAUGCGCGUUUUGGCAUUCAGUAAUGGUGGUGAUGGACGCAUGAGUAGCCCAACGCUUAACUUCCAAAUGGGACGCACGCGACAACGUAAUGCAGCCACAACAACCCAUCAUCAUGUAAAUUAUGUAGCCCUUCUCUGCUUAGCAGUAGCCAUUAGAUGGCUCCACUAGGAGUUGUCGCGUUCGUAAUUUCUUUUUUAAUUUUUACAAAUAUCUUCGUAUCACAAUUCCGUCCAUAUUGGCCUGCACUUUAGAGUGGGGAGGCAUGAAACAAUUAAAGUAUAUUAAUAUAAAAAAUAAUUGGGCAACUCAGGAAUCUCCAUAUUGCACGUAUUGUGCGUUUUAAGUAGCCCACUCCGUCUCACGGCAGACCAGCCUUAUUUUUUUUGUCUUUUUUUCUUCUUAUUCAGAAAGCGACACUUUUUGUCGGAUUGUAUUUUUUAUAUAUUAACAAACAAAAUGUACUUUAGGUAGAAAAGACAAAAAGAAAAAUAAUAAAAUCUCUCUGUACAAAACGAAAUUAUUG